GCUCCGAUCAACCGCGUAGAAGUGGGGAAAGAGGACCUUCUACACUCUCUUAUGGGCACGAUCCAACACAAGUGCUUCGAGCUGGCGUUUGAAGCAGGGGUCCGAGUCGAGGAUAGGGAUGAAGCUGUCAGUGGGGCGAUGACACCGCUUCAAUGGGCUUCUGGCCUGGGAUAUCUUGAGGAAGCCCGGCUUUUGCUCGAGUACGGAGUAGACGUCAAUGGCCCUCCCGGCGAGGAGUAUGGAAGAACAGCGUUGCAAGCAGCAGCUUGUAGUCGACAUCUAGGGAGACUUCGAAUGGUUCAGAUGCUGAUCUCACGUGGUGCGGACAUCGCGGCAAUGCCGGCGAGAAAGGGAGGUCUUACAGCUUUACAAGGUGCUGCGAUGCGCGGCGACAUAAGUCUUGCCAACUUGCUUGUUGGUCGAGGAGCGGAUGUUAACGCCCCAUGCGCAGCUGAGGAGGGCAGGACGGUGGUCGAAGGUGCCGCAGAGUACGGUCAUCUACACAUGAUCCAACUUUUGCUUGGUGCUGGUGCCAGAGGAUAUUCGACAGAGGGGUUUUCGAACGCGAUCCAGCUUGCAGAAGAUGGAGGCAAGUCGGAGGUUGCGACGUUUUUGCGUGAUCAUGACGCGUUGUCUGCUUUUAUCGUUCGAGACCUUGAUGAGUUUGCAGCGGAUAGUGUCGUUUAUUUUCGUUUGCCAUCUCCAGGGUUCGUCACCGUUGAAGAGGUCUCGGGAGAUUCGAAUUCUCAGUCCUAGCCUCUAGGCCAAAGUAUCUUCCACACGAAGUUUGUAGUCAUUGCCAAGGCAUUGCUAGAGCAACUCAGAGUUGCGCCUUGACUACGGAACUAAUGAAGUGAUGAUCUGGCUUCAAUCGAU